CGCGCAUGUGUUUGUGUAUGUCGAUAGGGUUAAUUUAUGUGUGUGUAUGUGCAAGUACAACAAAAAGUCACACGGCCUGUUCGCAGAAGUGAAAGACAGACAAUAUUCAUAGCAAGGGUCAAACACAACAAGGGACACGAUAUUUUAACCCUUUCAACUCACUAUUCCACCGUGAAUAACAUACGAUUACUCACCAAGUGUUACGGGGUUUAGCCUUUUUAUAAGAUUUCUAUCGUCAGCCUGUUACGUUCGGAAUAUGCUGCAUGACGGCUUGCGGGUUUUACAUAAUUAAGGCAGUGUUUCGUGGUCCUGAAUGUUGGUUUUAAGUGUUUCACGAUAUCGUCACGAUAGAAGCAGGUUAGUGGGUAUGUGUUUUAGUCAGCACAAUUAAAAAGCUUUAGUGCGAGAACGAUAAGCGGAUAGAAACAGUGAAACAGGUCACAAUAAACACCAGCCAGCGUGAUGGUCUGUAUAGCAACAGAAACACACCACAGCAAGCGAGGAAGAAAAAUUCAAUUGAUUUUCUCCACGGCGAAGGUGCGAACCCAUUGCCAGUGUGUGGUGGUGGUGCCUAGGUAAUAAAUUCGGGAACCAACCUAAAAACCCCCUGGUGACGGAUCAUAUCUUGAUGGUGGAAUCAUGCAGUAGUAGCAACGCGUCCCAGAACAACAGUACUGUUCCACAUAACGUCACGAGUGGUCAUUUGGAUAUCGGAAGGGUGACCAUUUCUGAGUGCGGCUUCAUUAUACGGCAAAUCUAGUGCUCCGUUGUUCGGUACAGUGUGUUUGGUUAUGUUGUUUGCAAUCUGGUGUCAUUCCAUAAUGGUGUUCUGCGUUCAUUGGUAAAGGUCCGGAUGCAAACGUAAAGAAAAUAUUCAACGCCCCGUUCCAGCUCAGGUUACCCACCGUCAACGUCCAUGAAAGUAGCGCUUUAGCGCCAUCUCCGAUCGUUCGAGAGAGGACGCAAAAAAAAGCAAUCAGUGUUGAGUGUGAGAAAGUUAAGCUAGUUUGCGUUCGUGUAGUGUUCGAAAGUGGCCCUUUUUUUCUUCCCUCAUGUAAAGGGCAGCACGUUCGUGCGUUUUGCGUGUUUUUGUGUGCAUAUUCUGUCUGUGUACGAGUUUUUUUUAUACUUUGGUGCCAGUGAAAUUGUGUUCCUUUGCGUAAGUUUUCUGUGCAUCAUCUCUCCCCUCAACACACCCACCCCCUACGGUUACACACACACACCCGCGUCUGUGGCAUUGUCGUGGCAGAUAGGCGAAAUGGCGCUCUCAUCCGAUCCGUACGAGCAGAAGCUGUAUCACAUGUUCCAGUCCCAUAGUACCGGCGAUGGUACCGGUGGACUUGAUCGCGAUUCCUUGAUCAAGCUGUGCCGCACACUGGAGCUGAAGGAGCGUGGCCAUCUGCUGGUCAAGUGUUUGAUGACCGGUUGUAAGACGCACGUCAGCUUCCGCGAAUUUCGUGAAGGGCUUCUGCACAUCCUUGGUGGAAACGAAGAAUCGAUCGCAGCAGCCAGCAGCGGCGAAGUGGACGGUACGUCGCCUACGAUGAUGAUGGCGUCCAACAAUAGGGCGGAAGAAGCAUACGAAGUAGCAGCAGACUCCGAUCAUCCAGAUCAGCAGCAGGAGCAGCAGGAACAAUUUGUGGUCCAACAGAUGGAUUCAUACUCCUCACCAGGUCACUCGACAGUUUCUGGAAAACGUAAUCACAUCGAUGGCAAUGCUAACGGAAGCGCUGGUAGUAAUAGCACAUCGGGAGUUUCAUCCACAUCCGGCUCGCCAUCAUUCCAUAUUACGGGGAACAAUGUGUCAAAUGGCAGCAGCAGUAGCAGCAGCACUAGCAACACCCAUAAACACCGAGCUCAGCGAACAUCGACUUCGAAAAACGUACAACGUAAGGUGGAAACACUAGAGCACAACCUUACCAAAGCGAACGAGAAGCAGAACGUAAGCCUCUCGUCGUUAAUCGGUCAAGCGAAGCCACAGCACGACAAGAAGAAGUUGUGCGAUGAUGGCGUUCCAGUCGAUGAUAAUGAAUGCAUGAAUCAUCCAAACCGUACGACGAAACUUGUACGGAACGAUGUCGGAAAGCUACCACCACCGGAAGAAGCCGCGUUAGAUGACUUUUCCGAUCGGGAAGUAUCACCAAAGUUUGUCGUCGGUACAAAGAAGUACGGUCGCCGGUCAAGGCCACGGGAGGAUGUGAACGGACUCGAUUCAUCGUCACUUUCCUCCAAUUCGGAUAAUGAAUCGGUCACGGUGAAAUCAGUAGCGGAGCAAUCGACAACGAAAAAGUCAGCGGCAGAGAAAGAGGGCGUAAUCGUGGAACAGAUUUCUGGUAGAACGCGACAAAGCUUCAUCACCGCAACCGGGACCGUGGCCUCGUCGAAAGUGCAACGUUCCGCCUCUCAAAGUGACAUCCAUGGUUCCAAACGGCGUCGACCAGUAGUCGGAAGUGCGGGUGUACAUCGGUUAAAACGAUGUGCCUCGCUACCGACACACCGGCAGCGUCCAACGGUGGAAAGCAAACGGAACACCACCACGGUUACGAUACGCGAGCAGCUACACAUGGAUGAUGAGCGAAUCGAUCAGAAGAUCUACUUCAUGAACCUUUCGGAGAAUCUUCGUGAGAUUUGGAACUCGCUGCUGCUUGACUGCGAUCGUCGGCAAGGAGACCUGCUCAAUCAAGCACAACUGGAAGAGGUGUGCGAGCGCGUAGGUCUGCAGAAAGUGCCAGCCCGGUUGGCUGCCCAGGAAGUGUUUAACAAGCUGUCGUUGCAGCCGAGCGAGGGUAUCGGAUUUGAGGAUUUUAUUGCCCUGCUCGAAAGCAAUACCGAUCUGCUGCCAAUGAGUGAAACCAAGGAACUGCAGCUAGGCGAUUGCGGUGGUUCCACAGCCGCUUCGUCCGUUGUUACGGCGGAAGAAAGCACUUUCACACUUACAUUGCCCCCGGAUUGGACAUCGGAAAUAGGAUCGCUGGCAGCUUCAAUCAUCAUCGAUCUGUGGGAAUCAGCUGGUAUAGAAACUCCAGCCAAUUUGUUACACGAGCUGGGCUUCAAUCGGGAUGUCAUACAUGUUGCGGAUUUGGUGCAGGCGCUCGAGGAGGAACAUCAGCGGCUUCUUAGUGGACACAUGAACAGCAGUACCAUCAGCAACAUCAGCAAUAACCCGUUCGAUGAUGCUGCACUCAUCGUGCGAGCCUCGCUGGUACUGCACAAGGCAGAGGUGACUGCACUGCGUCAAGCGUUCCAUCAGCUGGUGGAAGAGAACAAGAAGCUGUACGCCGACAACAAGGAGGUCAACCAUCGGGCGCUGGUUCUUGCGCAGGAAGUGGAUGAACGGCACAAUUCGCUUGAAAACUCAACCCGCACGAAAAUCCGGCUUCUGGAGCAGCGUCAUCACGAAACGGUCAAAGAGCUUACCUCACAACUGGCCUUCGAGCGGGAACAACUAUCGCACGCGAAUGCGAUGCUCGAAAAACGUAUUCAAACGCUGGAGGCUGAGGAAGGAAAGCUGAAGUCGGAAAUGUCCCGGCUGUCGGAGGAAAAUGAUGAACUGCGACAAGAUCAGGAGAAUCUUACGAAAGAGAUUACCGAUCUGUUGGAGAAAAAUAUCAAGCUCAACCGGGACAUAGCCGAGCUGGAGGAAAACAAUCGUAACGAUUAUGCGGACGACGAUGAUUGUGGCUUCGUGCGCAAAGACAGCGAAGAGGUGCUGGACUUGAUCGAUCGGAUAUCGUUGCUGCAGAACGAAAAUACGGGUCUGCGCGAUAAGAACGAUGAGCUAAGUGCUGAGAUUGAAAUGCUUACCGUUGAGCUCGGGAAGUUUAAGCUCAAGCGAACCACUGUGGUGGUGGACGAUUUAAGUGCAGCAUCUGGCGAUGGUCCGGCCAGUUCGGCCGCUAUCAAACGGCGCGGUGAUUCACCGAGCAAGACGAGACUGUCCGACGAAAGUCCCCGGCUGGGCAAAUUUCGCCGAUGCAGCAACGAGAACGACAUCGAAUCGGACUCUUCGUCCGGCGAUUGGAUGGCCUUGCAUUCGGAACUUGGGCAGAGCAUCCGGGGCGCUGAGGAUACGGGCGCUAUGCCUGCUAGCUGUGCAGAGCUGACUGGUGCAUCGUCAGGAAUUUCAAGCAUGAACGAAUCGUCAUUGAGCCGUGACGAUGAAAUCAAAGCACUGCGCACGAGAAUCGAAGAGCUGGAAGCACAGCUGCGCGAAGCGAAAAAAGAAAUCAAUGUGCCGGAAAAAGUACUUGCCGUGCAGGAGAAUGUCGCUGCUACGUCUGGCACGGUGCCCUCCCCGGCCGAUAAGCCGUCCAAGGAUGAGGAAUGCAAAAAGCUGACGGCACGCUGCGAGGAGCUCGAAUCCAGUUUGGAACAGAUGCGCAAAGAGUACGAAGACUGUGAGGAUUACUGGCAGGCGAAGGUGAACGAUGAGCGCAUACUGUACGAGGAAGAGCAACGUAUAAACGAUGAAAAGUUCACGGAGCUGCUCAAGAAGGUGGCCGAAUACGAGGAGCAGUUUGCGGGCAAUUCGAAACUGGAAAAGGACGGCCGGCUGUCACCGAUCGAUGAAAAGGAUGGCUUAGAGCAGCAGUAUCUCGAACUGGAGGCCGAUUUUGAGCAGGCACAGAUGGCACUGGAGGAACGGACGGCCGAAGUAGACAAACUGCGCAGAAGAAUACAGGACAUGGAACAGAUGCACAAAUAUCCUUCGGAGAUGUUGCUCAGUUCUCCUUCGCCGCGUGUUGAAACACCGGAGGUAGAGGAUCGUCCAGCCAGCUCCCCAAUAAGCUAUCUGUGGAAUCAAAGUACAAUCCAGCGACCGGUUCGUGAUUAUCAAAAUCCCAAUUGGCGUCCGCCGGCGGUCAUCCAUGCAGUUUCGGAAUGUGCUACUGCAGUUGAUGACAAGUGCUCGGUAGAGGUGAUGUCUGCCGUGCUAACUUCCGAUCUGGCGAUCGAAAAGGACGGUAGUGAAUGUGUGGGUUCAUCUACCGAAGUCGAUGAUAUAGUGGCGACGAAUUUCGAUCGAAUUAUUUCACCGAUCCAGAAACCAACAGCUGCUGUUGCGAUCUUCGAUGGCGAAAGCUCCGAUGGGAAAGAAGACAUCAAUCAACACUGCACAACCGUGGCCGUGUUGGAUCAAGUCGAUGCGUCCGACGCAUGUUCAGUUAGAUCAGCGCGCAGUACGCACAGUCUCGCUUCAACGCACAGCAUCCAACAUUCUAUCGCUAAUUCAGAGGGAAGUGCCAGUGGAAUGCAGACGAAGCAUAUGCGCUUAAUGCAGCUACAGUUGCAGGAUGAAAUUAAAGAUCUUACCCACGAACGCGACUGUCUAAUGAUGGAGCUGCAGCAGCUAAAGGAAGCCAAAUCGGUUUUGGCUCGAUCGUACGCAAAAACGGCCUCACAUCCUAAUCAGAUACAAAAAAUACAGAACCUGGAACAGAAGAAUCGUCAUCUGCAGCUAAUGGUUAAACAGCAGCAGCAAUACUCUGAGUCCAUAUUGCAUCAAAUCUGGCAGCAGCAACGGAGCGAAAUAAAUGAUCUACGUAAUCGGCUGGAAGCGCAAUGCAUUGUCAUAUCGGAUCAGGCGGCUCGGCUAGCCAACAACGAUAUACUAGUCAAAGACAUGUAUGCCGAAAAUUCCCAGCUUAUGUUGCAGGUACAGCGGCUCGAGCAUCAAUGCAAUCGUGCCAACUGGAUGCAACAGUACAGCCAGUCAAACUCGUCCUCGGGAAGUCACCACGGGUUGAGUGGUGGUAUUAUGCCGGGCCUACCGUAGCGUCGUUUGCUAACUGUCGCCGUACACCAGUAAACGGGGUAGUAAGGAUAAAAAUGGAGCCUAUGUUUUGAUGUUUUUUUUGUAAAUCAGUCAGUAUGUUUGUUAUGGGCCGUUAAGAUUUUGCCAUUUUUCAGUGUUUGUAUUUUUGGUCCCCGCUGUAUCCUUUCCUGUACGGCCUAAAUGUGGGAAGGUUAAAUGCGUAUAUCGAUAGUCUCGUCAUUUUUAUACGGUUGUUUCUAUAAAUAUGAUCGAAGCCCGCUAUUUUAUACUAUUCUCUGUAUUGUUUCCCCAUAUUUCCCAUCGUAUCUUUCACGAAUACUUUUCUCUCGGUUUAGUUUUUAGUGCAGCAACAAGCAGACAGGUAGUUGGGCAUGAUGUUUAGAAAGGACACAACAAAACAAACUGAAUGUAUCGAAUUUUAAUGCCUACAAGAGUUGUGUGUAUAGCGGAAUGUGUAAUAAUCAUGUUGUAUGCCAUUCACUAAUUGGUAAAUUGUACCAUUUUAUGGUUCUCCAUUUUAACUGUGUUGUAAGAUAAGCGCUAACUAAUAUAUACGUACAAAGGUUGUUUUUUUGUUUGCGCACCGUGCGUGAUAUUUGACGUCGCGAAUGGGGUUCUAUUUAUUGAAUGUGUUAGGUACGUGAGGUGUAAUUGUUUGUAGUUGUGCUUAUUGUAAAUGAAGAAAUGAACCUGUGUGCUGUAACGAACCUAAACAUACAGCUACCAAUGCUGCAAAGUAAUAGUACUAAAUCCGUAUAUUAUCGGGUAGGAAAGACAUUAUGAACACGUAAUUGUUACUAAAGAUCUGUGAUUUGUAGUGGAAAGCAAAACCGACCUGUAGCCGGAAAGCACACACACACACGCGCAGCGAGCAGCCUGUUACACGAAGCUUCUAUAAUUCGUCAGGAAUUGUAUAAUGUUGGAAUUUUCGUUUGUACAGCACUGAUUCGUGUAUGGUGUGCAACGUUGCCUUAAGUUUUGCUUUGUAACUUCUGCUAUUGCAUCUAAUGUAAACUUUCAACAUGAGGCACUGAUAUGUUUUUUAUCAACACGAUCACGCGACAAUCCUAGCCCAUAAAGCUAGGUGGCAGCUGAAAUACAAGCUAGAGUUUACGAAAGAUAAUAUCAGUUCGUGUUAGAUUAUGAAAUAAUCUUAGGCUAGCACUUAACUAGCAGCACGCGCUAGUAAUAUUGCAUGAAAGGAAAAACGAAAAAGACAUGAGAAAAUGUGUAAAAGAAUAAUAGGCUGAUUUUAGUUUAGGUGUAGUGGAUGUAAAGAAUUAUACAAACAAGAAAGAAAGAAAAACACCUAAUCAACAUAAAACAAACAGAGGAUGGGAUAACAGACUUGUAAUUGAAAAUUUCAUACGUACAUUGCAUACAGCAACAGAUAUUCGUUACACCGAACAGUAACAGUUAAAGUAAAAGAUAAAUAACUCAAACUCUAACGAGUGGUCCUAAAACUCCCAAUACCAUCAUUCUAAAACGUAAAUACUAAAGCAGGAAACAAGUGGCACAAUUAAUGAUGCAUACAGUACUAAAUGGCUAACAGAAAGUCAGACCGUUUGUUACAGCAUAAUUCUAAUCGCAUAGCUAUACUCUGAACCAUAUUGUGAGGCGGUUCAGUAGAAAUUGUAGAAAACAACUGAAAUAUUUAUUAAAGAUCCUGUAAUGGCUUGAGAGACCAUAUCUUGAGUUAAGGAAGACGGGGAACACUACACAGAAGGUGGUUUGUUACAAUUUUCGUCGGUAGUUACCGGAAUAAACGGAUAAUUGAAUUUUA